CAGCAGAAGUUUGAGGCCGAUCAGAUGGAGAGGGUGUCAAGGUAUGCAGCGGAGCGCGGACUCGAUGUGCUCGGCACGGGUGGUGCAAGGGGAGGAGAGGCAGGGCGGCGUCCGGCGGAGGGAGGGGUCGGGGGAGAUGGUGGGCAUGGUGCGGCAGACCCCACUUUGGGUGGUGGAGGCGGUGAGACAGAGGAGGGCAUGAUCCACGUGGAUCGCGAGGCGCGUGGCUCGGGUGAAGAGGGAGUCCCGGAACGGGAGGACGUGCCUGAGGUUUAUCCAGGCACUGGGGAGAGGUUGGAGGACUGGCGGAGGCGAGCAGGCAAGGGAGCUGCAACGGAGGGGUCUUCCAAGAGGAAGGAAGGAGGGAGUGAUCCGGCUGCCACCCCAGYAGGGAAGAGGCUUCGGCAGCAGAAGGUGACUGAUGUCUACGGUGGCGAGUGGGUUGCCCGCCACAAGAAGGCAUUCCUUCGCUGGUUGUAUUCCAGCGGGGUCUCCUUCAAUGCCUUCUGCAACCAGGCGUGGAAGGCAUAUCAGCAGGUGCUUCUUGAGAAGCCUGGCAGUUCCCCGCGCGCAGUGGUCCCCAACCACUGCGAAAUUGCGAGUAUGCGGGCGGUGGAGACCCCCCGUGCGGAGUUGGCGGAGGAGUUGGAAGCGGUGAGGCAGCCAUUCUGGGUGACUGGUGCCACCCUCCUCUCCGAUGGGAGGAAAUCACGAGACGGGAGACCGAUCGUGAAUUUCCUUGCUGCUGGCUCUCGAGGGGUCGUCAUGUACACGACGAUCAAUCGAGAGGGCGAGCCGGACGAUGCAGUGUACGUCCUUCGUAGAUGGGUUACCAUCUUCCACGAGUUCAGCUUUGGCGGGCCGCAGCGGAUCAAUGCGAUAUGCACUGACUCCGCUUCUGCCUAUGUGAGGGCUGCGAGGGCAUUGACCUCGCCGUCCAUGCCUCCUGCACUGAGGAGGAUCACUUGGCUCCCAUGGGAUCCAUGGUGGCAGAGGGUGGCCACCAUCGUCCAUAUCAUGCAGCCCGUCAUGGAGUUGCUCAGGAGGAUGGAUCGUGGAGGACAGUACAAGUCCCUCAUGAUCGAGUGGACGCAGGAUCUUGUCCGCCAUGUCACGGUCGCAUGCGCCCCUUUGGGGACGUCGUUCGCCGACCGGAUCAUCAGGCGUGUGCAGGCUCGCAUACAGCACAUGCUUGAGCUGGCUCAUUGCGCAGGGUUCUUACUGAACCCCCGCAGGCAACACGUUCGCUACUUUUCGGGGCAGGUGGAGAGGUACGAUGCUUGGCUUGUGGGGCAAGCCAAGAGGUACAUUUUGACGCAGACGGGAUUCGAGUUGGAGGGUGCGAAGUACAUCCUUGCAUGUCGGCAGUUUGAGGACUUCCACAUUCAGCAGGGCAGGUUCGGGGAUUGGGGCGGUCCGGAGGGCGUGCUCGUGGGCGCGCGUGCAGCGGCGAUAGCGAGACGAUUGAGUGCGCGUCUUGGUGGUCUCAGUUCGGGUCGGGCGCGCCACAGUUGCAGCGUUGCAUAGGCUCCAACUCGAGUCCUGCCUGGCAAUCCAACAUGCCCUCGUCCCGCUGCCAUGGCAGCACAUAAC